ACGUGAAAGAAAAGAUCAUUUUUAUGGUAUGGAUGAUCUAUCAUUUUUUAAAAGGUUUCGACUAACGAAACCAACAGUAAUGGAAGUACUAAUCCAAAUAGAAAAUAAUUUGGAGUUCCCAUAUGAUACAAAUAAUAGCAUAUCUCCGAUGCAACAAUUAUUAAUAGCACUUCGAUACUAUGCUACUGGCAACCACCUUCUCAGCAUUGCUGAUUUUGCAGGUGUGCAUGUGUCAAGUGUAUCUAGAAUUGUUAAGAAGGUAUCAGUAGCAAUAGCUUCACUUCGGGCUAGGUACAUCAAGUUACCAUUUACAGCAGAAGGAUUGCUUGAACUUCAGCAACAGUUUUAUGAAGUGGCAAGGUUUCCAAGGGUGAUAGGAGCAGUUGAUGGGACUCAUAUAAGAAUACAAUCUCCCGGUGGAGACGAUGCUGAAGUAUUUCGUAACCGAAAAUCUUAUCACUCUAUUAAUGUACAAGGAGUUACAGAUGCUAGAUUGAACUUUGUAGAUAUAGUAGUACGCUGGCCGGGAUCAGCACAUGAUACAACAAUUUUUAAUAGUAGUAGACUGAAGGCAAGGUUUGAAAAUGGAAGUUAUCCAAAUUGUCUGCUUCUGGGUGACAGUGGUUACCCAGUAAAGUCAUACUUACUUACGCCACUUUUACAUCCUAAUGGACAACAAGAGCAACUAUAUAAUGAAUCCCAUAUUCGAACACGAGGGGUAGUUGAAAAACUAUUUGGUGUGUGGAAACGUAGGUUUCCUGUGAAUGCUUACGGCUGUCGUUUAAAGUUAGACACCACAUUGAUAGUUAUAGUUGCAACAGCAAUACUGCAUAAUGUGGCACAAGAGAUGGGGGAGGAUGAAAUUCCACCAGUAGAAGGAAAUCCCCAUGAAUUAAAUGUCUUGAUAGAAGAAGGGAACAUUCCGGUUGUUCCUGCAGAUAUAAAUCAUGUUGGAGGAAAUAAUGUUCGUUUGAAUUUUAUAAAUGAUUAUUUUGGAAGAUUAUAAUUACAAUAAGAACAUAAAUACAUUGUAAAAUGGCAUAAAUGAUAGGUACAUAAAAUAAUACUUUUUCUGUUUUUAAUUAAAUAAAGUUUAUUCUUUAAUUUCU